GUUACCGGUUACCGACCGUUCACACUGAGAGGAGCUCACACGAGAAACUGCUUCACAUUUACACAUUCACACCUUUAUUUUACUUCAACAUGCGUUUGAUCUAAGUGUUUUAAUAUCGGCGGAGCAACGAGCGUCGGACCAUCCUCCUCAGAAACACCGAUAUUAAAGGCCGUCAACAUGAACUCCGUACUAUCAUCGGUGCGAUCCCUCAUGCAAAUGUUCGAUGGCAAAGCUCAAGAAUUCAGCAGUGACAUUGACAACGUCCACAUGGUUUGGCUUGAAGAGAUCCAACAAGAAGCCAAUCGCAUGUUCUCAAGAGAUUUUAAUGCUGAGCCAGAAUUGAUGCCAAAAACGCCGUCACAGAAGAAGAACAGUCGCAGGAAGCGUGUGUCUCUCGGCCGUCAGGAAGAAAAUCAAGCCAGGCGAAGAUUUUCAAAGGGGAAGCGCAGCAACCUUCGCGGCUCCUCUGUCAAAUCACUGAACUUCAUUGCUGAAGAAGAGGCUGCAGCCGAGGCCUCCACCUCCGAAGCCACCGCACAGCCCAAACGCGCCACCCGCAAAAACAAACAAAGCAAAUCCGAGGUGGCGGAGGAUGUGAGCCAGUCGCCUCACGGCAGCAGUAAAACUGAGGAGGUGGAGGACAAGAAGCCAGAGCUGGUAGAAGAGGAAGAGCUGUACAAAAGUAACGCGGUGAACAAUGCAGACGUCCAGCCGGUCUACAUGCACAGCACUACCCCGUCUCCACCUAAGAUACCUUCGCCUGAGGUCGUUGUCAGCAUCUCUCCAACAGACCGCCUGUCCGCUGAGCUCGCUAAAAUGCCAGAGCCUUCUCCUGGCCGCACAGCUGCUAAGAUUGCAAUAGCCGGCACUUCUCAAAGCUCACGACGGAGCUCCGUACGGUGCUCCCUCAAGCUUCGCCACUCGCUGGCCGGUCUGCGGCACAGUUUGACUCAGGAGUCUGUUCGCCGUGCCUCACGCCGCUCCAUGCUUAAGAGGAAGGUUUCUCGCAUGAGCAGCUCCACAUGUAGCAGCAACAUUGAUGAGCACUCUUGCAUUGACUCUACUGAGGAAGAGGACAGAGAGCUCAUGUUAGAAGCAGUAACUGCUGACGUGGAGGAUAAUGCUUCAGCUGAAGAGUCAAAGGAAACCCCAGAGAAAAAGAAAACCCAGACAAACCAGAGUGUACAUCCAUCUGUUGCACGUGUUACUCGAUCUGUGGCUGCGAACUCUCCCACACUGGCACCUCCGUCGUUGUUUACCACUGAGCAAAAUAUGAACACUCCCAACAGGAAAAUGGGUAUUUGUCAACGAGAAGCCCCAUCGGUCCGGAGGUCACGCCAGAGUACCAAACGCAAAGCACCAGAUACUGUAGAGGAAAGUCCCACAAAGAGGUUGUCUCCUCCCAAGAAAAGUCAAAGUGCAAUCAGACCCAACAUGAAAUCUUUUCUCCACACCGUGCAGAAGAAUCAGAUGCUGAUGAUGACACCAAAUUCCCUCGGCCGGACUGGAGUCAUCAAGUCCUUCAUUAAGCACACCACUCCUAUGAAGGUUGAUCCUAAGACAAAAGAGCGUUACAAACUGGAGGCACUUAAAAAGAAGCAAGAGCAAGAGGAGGAAAGAAUGAAGAAAAUGGAGGAGGAGAAGAAAAAGAAACAAGACGAACUUAAAAGGAAGAGGGAUGAGAGGCUAAGAAGAGUGUUUGAGGCCAAAGUAAAAGAAGAGCAGAGGGAGAAAGAAAAGAAACAGAAGAUUGAGCAGAAAAUGGCUCAGAUUGAUGAGAAAAAUGACAAGCGCGUGGCAGACGAGAAGGCGAAGAAGAAGGGGGCCAUUAAACGCCAAGAGGAGCUGGAUCAGAGGAAGAAGAUUCAGCAAGCAGAGGAAGAGAAGCGGCAGCAGGAGUUACUGGCCAAGAAGAAGGUGGAGGAAGAGGAACAGCGAGCUCGUAAGGUGGCUGAAGCUCGCAGAGCGCUGGAGCUGAAGAGAGAGCAGGAGCGUGAGAGGGAAAGAGAGCUGGAGAGAGAACGACUAGCUGCUGCUGAAAGGGAGCGAGUGGAAAAAGAAAAAGCUCUCGCUCUGCAAAGGGAAGUGGAGAGAGCAGCGAGGGAGAAAGAGAGGAGAGAACUGGAGGAGAGGAGAAAGGCACUUGAGGAAAAAAGAAAACUGGAGGAGCAGCAGAGGUUGGCUGCAGAGGAGAAAGCUGCAAAAGAGAGAGAAGCUGCUAAACAGGUUGCUGCUAGCCUGAAUGUGACUGUGGAUAUUGAGCGCUCCGUAAUGAGCACACCUGUAGGAAAAGGUGGUGGCCUCAAUGUGACUGUGGAUAUUGAGAAAUCACCACAGUCGUACGCUAUCACUCCAAAGGGCGGCAACAAACCUUUGAUACCGAAGAGUGCAGAAGAUUACGGGAUGGACCAAAACAGUGACGACUCUACUGACGAUGAGUCCGCUCCGAGGAAACCUAUUCCGUCCUGGGCAGAAGGUCACAAUCUGCAGCAGAUAAUUAUGAAGCAGUACUUCAACCCUCCUGAUUUGGACUCUUUCUUUGGAAAAAUUGAACCACCAAAACUGGAAAAUAUCUUUUACAAGAGCAAGCCUCGCUAUUUUAAACGCACCAGUUCUGCUGUGUGGCACUCGCCUCCGAUUGGAUCCAAGUAAUAUCUGUACACUGAUACGGAUAUACAUUGCUGGAUAAAGUUUAUUGUUUUGUUUGUUUUAAACUCUGUUUUCAAUAAAGUAACAUGUUUUUUCCUGAUGUUGUUUUCCAAUAUUAAAUUUGUUUAAGGUUUUAGGCAUCAGCAUUUUAGGAAAAUUGUUACUAGUUUGUAAAAUAUUAUGGAUGUAAGUGAUACAUAAGUGAUGAAAUUGAUGCUUCAUACUUAUGCUUUUAUCUUUUUUUUGUACUUGAAAAUGGGUGUAAUAUAACCCAGUGGGAUGUGAAUGAAAGGUUUUAAUCAUCAGUGUAAAGAUCCUCUCCAGACAUGUAUUACAACAUAUACAGAUAGUCUGCUUGGAACAA